ACAGGUAUGUUUCUAUCUUAGGACAUACUGGGCAUACUGUUUAACUGUCUUGGCAGUCAGGUUAGACGACCUAAUUAAGAGGGAUUUGUGUUUCUGUGUGUUGAAGAUGGUGUAGUUAUACACAAUGCUUACCGUUCUCUCAUUUGGUAAUAGUUCUGCCUCUCUCAAUUAUGCUGAAGUCUUAAAUGAUCACUUUAGACUCCCUUGGUCCAUUUCCCCUUUUAACCUCAUUAUUUAAAAAUCUGCCUUACAGUGGAUCUCCUUUAACAAGCAUUUUGAAUUUAUUUGUUCUUUUAGUUUAAAAGAGGACUAUUGCUAUGGAGUAGAAUGAGACAUAACUGGUGAUUUACCUUCAUUCAUGUGAUUGUCCGUUUUAAUGACUUCUAAAGUUCGUCUAGAAAAACCAUUGCUGGUGUGAACAAAUUUAGAUCCCCUCUCUACCCAGCAUUGAUAUGGUCCGGAAAAAGAACCCCCCUCUGAGAAACGUUGCUAGUGAAGGCGAGGGUCAAACCCUGGAGCCAACAGCUACAGAGAGCAAGGUAUCUGGGAAGAACAAAGAAUUUUCUGCAGAUCAGAUGUCAGAAAAUACAGAUCAGAGUGAUGUUGCAGAAUUGAACACGAAGGAGGAACACAGCACGCAUGGCCAAGAGCCGUCUUCGAGCAGUAAGAAGGACUUGCAAAUCUCAGGCCUGAGUGAGAAGGCUGGCUUCAAUUAUGAAAGCCCCAGUAAGGGAGGGAACCUUGCCUCCUUCCCACAUGAUGAGGUAACAGACAGAAAUAUGUUGGCUUUCUCAUCUCCAGCUGCUGGGGGAGUCUGCGAGCCCUUGAAGUCUCCUCAAAGAGCAGAGGCAGAUGACCCUCAAGAUAUGGCCUGCACCCCAUCAGGGGAUUCACUGGAGACAAAGGAAGAGCAUAAAAUGUCACCAAAGGCCACUGAGGAAACAGGGCCAGUGCAGAGUGGUCAAGCCAAUUGUCAAGGUUUGAGUCCAGUUUCCGUGGCCUCAAAAAACCCACAAGUGCCUUCAGAUGGGGGUGUCAGACUGAGUAAACCCAAAAGUGACUUACUGGUGAGUGACAACCCAGACCCGGCGCCUCUGUCUCCAGAGCUUCAGGACUUUAAAUGCAAUAUCUGUGGAUACGGUUACUAUGGCAAUGACCCCACAGAUCUGAUUAAGCACUUCCGAAAGUAUCACUUAGGACUGCAUAAUCGCACCAGGCAGGAUGCUGAGCUGGACAGCAAAAUCUUGGCCCUUCAUAACAUGGUGCAGUUCAGCCAUUCCAAAGACUUCCAGAAGGUCAACCGUUCUGUGCUUUCUGGCGUGCUGCAGGAUAUCAGCUCUUCACGGCCUGCGUUACUAAAUGGGACCUAUGAUGUACAGGUCACGUCAGGUGGAACGUUCAUUGGCAUUGGACGGAAAACUCCCGAUUGCCAAGGCAACACCAAGUAUUUCCGCUGCAAAUUCUGCAAUUUCACUUACAUGGGCAACUCGUCAACUGAACUAGAACAACAUUUUCUUCAGACUCACCCGAAUAAAAUCAAAGUGUCUCUCCCGUCCUCCGAGGGCGUGAAAGCUUCCGAGAAAAACUCUAACAAAUCCAUCCCCGCGCUUCGAGCCAGUGACUCUGGGGAUGUAGGAAAAUGGCAGGACAAAAUGACAGUCAAAGCUGGAGAUGACACCCCUGUCGGCUACUCAGUGCCCAUCAAGCCCCUCGAUUCCUCACGACAAAAUGGUACAGAGGCCACCAGUUAUUACUGGUGUAAAUUUUGUAGUUUCAGCUGUGAGUCAUCUAGCUCGCUUAAGCUGCUAGAACAUUACGGCAAGCAGCAUGGAGCAGUGCAGUCGGGCGGCCUUAAUCCAGAGUUGAAUGACAAACUUCCCAGGGGCUCUGUCAUUAAUCAAAAUGAUCUAGCCAAAAGUGUAGAUGGAGAGCCAUUGACCAAGCCAGAAAAGGGCUUGAGUGGGGCUAAAAAGAAGGACUUCCCCAGCAAGGGAGCAGAGGAUAAUAUGGUAACGAGCUAUAACUGUCAGUUCUGUGACUUUAGAUAUUCCAAAAGCCAUGGCCCUGAUGUGAUUGUAGUGGGUCCACUUCUCCGUCAUUAUCAGCAACUCCAUAACAUCCACAAGUGUACCAUUAAGCAUUGUCCAUUCUGUCCCAGAGGCCUUUGCAGCCCAGAAAAGCACCUUGGAGAAAUUACUUAUCCGUUUGCUUGUAGAAAAAGUAAUUGUUCCCACUGUGCACUCUUGCUGUUACACUUGUCUCCUGGGGUGGCCGGAAGUUCCAGAGUCAAACACCAAUGCCACCAGUGUUCCUUCUCUACCCCCGAUGUAGAUGUGCUCCUCUUUCACUAUGAGACCGUGCAUGAGUCCCAAGCAUCGGAUGUCAAACAAGAGGUAAACCACCUGCUAGGAUCUGAAGGGCAGCAGGCUGCCAGGGACAGCAAGGAACACUCGUGCACCAAAUGUGAUUUUAUAACCCAGGUGGAAGAAGAGAUCUCUAGACACUACAGGAGAGCACACAGCUGCUAUAAAUGUCGUCAGUGCAGUUUCACAGCUGCCGACACUCAGUCACUGUUGGAGCACUUCAACACGGUUCACUGCCAGGAACAGGAAGUAGCUACUGCUAAUGGCGAAGAGGAUGGCCAUGCCAUACCCACCAUCAAAGAAGAGCCCAAAAUUGAUCUCAAGGUCUACAGUCUGCUAAACCCAGACUCUAAAAUGGGAGAGACAGUUCCCGAGAGCAUAGUUAAGAGAGAGAAACUUGAUGACAAGGAAGGGCUAAAAGAUAAAAUCUGGACGGAGAGUUCAACUGAUGACCUUCGUGGCGUGACUUGGAGAGGAGCCGACAUCCUACGGGGUAGUCCAUCCUAUACUCAAGCAAGUCUGGGGCUCUUGACGCCUGUGUCCAGCUCCCAAGAGCAGACAAAGACUCUGAGGGACAGCCCCAAUGUCGAAGCUGCCCACCUGGCCCGACCUAUGUAUGGCUUGGCUGUCGAUACCAAGGGCUUCCUGCAAGGGGCUCCUGCUGGUGGCGAGAAGUCUGCAUCUCUCACUCAGCAGUAUCCUGCUUCUGGAGAGGGCAAGACCAAGGACGAAUCCCAGUCGCUGUUACGGGCUGUGACAAUCUCCGGAACACCAAACAGGAGGAGGCGAAGAGGCUCUGGUGUUUUUUGUGCCAAUUGCCUGACCACAAAGACCUCUCUCUGGCGAAAGAAUGCAAAUGGCGGAUAUGUAUGCAACGCAUGUGGCCUCUACCAGAAACUUCACUCGACUCCCAGGCCUUUAAACAUCAUUAAACAAAACAACGGCGAGCAGAUUAUUAGAAGACGGACAAGAAAGCGCCUUAACCCAGAGGCACUUCAGGCUGAGCAACUCAACAAACAGCAGAGGGGAAGUGGGGAGGAGCAGGUCAAUGGAAGCCCCUUAGAGAGGAGGUCAGAAGAUCACUUAAGUGAAAGUCAUCAGAGAGAAAUUCCACUUCCGAGCCUGAGUAAAUACGAAGCCCAGGGUUCAUUGACUAAAAGCCAUUCUGCUCAACAGCCGGUCCUGGUCAGCCAAACUCUGGAUAUUCACAAAAGGAUGCAGCCUUUGCACAUUCAGAUAAAAAGUCCUCAGGAAAGUACUGGAGAUCCAGGAAACAGUUCAUCCGUAUCUGAUGGGAAAGGAAGUUCUGAAAGAGGCAGCCCCAUAGAAAAGUACAUGAGGCCUGCAAAACACCCCAACUAUUCUCCACCAGGCAGCCCCAUCGAAAAGUACCAAUACCCACUUUUUGGAGUUCCUUUUGUACAUAAUGACUUCCAGAGUGAAGCUGAUUGGCUACGGUUCUGGAGUAAAUAUAAGCUCUCUGUUCCUGGGAAUCCGCACUACUUGAGUCAUGUGCCUGGCUUACCAAAUCCUUGCCAAAACUAUGUGCCUUAUCCCACCUUCAAUCUGCCUCCUCAUUUCUCAGCUGUUGGAUCAGACAAUGACAUUCCUCUAGAUUUGGCGAUCAAGCAUUCCAGACCUGGGCCAACUGCAAAUGGUGCCGCCAAGGAGAAAAGCAAGGCACCACCAAAUGUAAAAAAUGAAGGUCCCUUGAAUGUAGUUAAGACGGAGAAAAUUGACAGAAGCACUCAAGAUGAACUUUCAACGAAAUGUGUGCACUGUGGCAUUGUUUUCCUGGAUGAAGUGAUGUAUGCUUUGCAUAUGAGUUGCCAUGGUGACAGUGGACCUUUCCAGUGCAGCAUAUGCCAGCAUCUUUGCACGGACAAAUAUGACUUCACAACACAUAUCCAGAGGGGCCUGCAUAGGAACAAUGCACAAGCAGAAAAAAAUGGAAAACCUAAAGAGUAAAACCUUAGCACUUAGCACAAUUAAAUAGAAAUAGGUUUUCUUGAUGGGAAUUCAAUAGCUUGUAAUGUCUUAUGAAGACCUAUUAAAAAAAUAAUUCAUAGAGCCUGCCUUACCCAACAUGAAAUUCCCUUUUUCUUAAUUUCUUUCUUUUGAUGAGUAGGUUACCAAGAUUUUAAAAUGAAACAUAUGGUCAGUGAGAAAGAAUGGAAUUGAUAGAUAAUUUUAAAAAAAAAAAAAAAAAAAAGGAGAACUAGCGUGAAAAUGAUCUUACCUAAUGUGUACUGCGGAAUCUCUGUACAGAGGCCCAACCAAAUUAUAGCCAUUUGUUUGUAAAGAUACAAAUGCUCUCUAUUGUUUGAAGGAGUUUACAUACUAUCAUGUGACAGCAGUAUUAGGCUGGCUAUUGGCCCAUCCAUUCAGAUUAGGUUGCCUACAACUUAAAAUAUCAUGAGAUCCCAGCCAAAGGAGGAGAAAAUAAAUCUCUAGGGCAAUGGAAGAAAAAAAUGGCACCUCUCAAAGUAGCCUCCUCUCAUUGACCAUGUUUCAGACUUAGACCUCACAAUGUGAACUGGUUAGGCUUGUUGAGCGAGCAGUAAGAGUCGUGACAGUUGGUGGCACAAUGAUUUUGGGCCAACCCUGCCUGUACAUACACAUGCACACCCUCCUUGAUAUUUUUGUCCUUUAGAUGUUCCAGUACUUGGUAGUCAUUUGUUUUGCAGUUUAGAUCCAUUUUGUUUCAAAUCUAUCCACUCUUAAAACAAUGUCCUCAGUGCUUUAUGUAGUAAUUUUUUUUUUUGCCAGAUAUUUCUUUCUUGUUUAUGAUGAACUGGUUUAGAAUUUUUUUUUCAACCUCCUGUUGGUCACUAAUCUCUCUUGGCACAUUGUAACUAAAGCAAUCCCCUCACUUCAAACGACCAGAUAAGUACAAAUGUCAGGCCAUGGCUUUAAUUUGUUGAGAACACAUGGUAUUUCUCCACAAGGUAACCUGCUGUAUUUAUUUAUUUUCUUUUGGUUAAAUAUAAUGUCCAAACUUUGUGGUCAGGCAGCAUGCAAGGUUACGUUACCACAGACUGACAGUUGGUCUAUGCCAAUCAAUCCCUUCAUUAGACUCACACAGAUUUAGUUAAGUAGCAGUAAGUAGGAUUCUUAGAAGUAUGUCUUCAUAGUACUUUUAAUACUUAAGGCUUUGUAAAAAAAAAAAAAAACUAUCCAUGAAGGGAGAGCUCCUCAGCAUAACUGCUCAGGGAAAUAGGGCUAAAUAAUUGAACAUUAAAUAAUUGGUUUAAGGUGCUGUUAGUCGAGCCUCAAUGCUUGCUACAAGGAUGUAUGUACAAGGACUGACUUUAAUAAUUUGCAUUAUAUUGUCCCAACCAGUAGUUUAUUUUUUGCCACGGAGAUGUAGAAGAUAUUACAAGCUACUGGAUGCACUGUCAGAUUAACUUAUUUCAUUAAAGAAGUUGGGAGAACAAAAAGGAAAAAAAACUUAUUUUUCUAGUAAAUAUUAAUGUAUUACAUUUCAAAUAAUGGUGCCUGACAUAUUGAAUAAUUAUUUUCUACAGUGUACGUAUGCAACAAAGAUAUCCCAUCAUGCAUUGGAGUCAGUCCUGGCUCUGCCUAGGUGUUUACAUUUGCAAAUGUAGCAAACAAGGUAAUGAAGCAACUAUUUCUAUUGCAGUAGGGAUCUCUAGUGUGUAUGUGUGUGCGUGUGUGUAUGUGUGCAUUAAAGUUGUAAACGGUAACAUGAAACAAAGGAAGUUCUCAAUGUAACGGUGUGGAAAACAAGAAGGAAAUGAAAAUAUUUUUAUGCCUACUUAGGAUACAAGGGUAGCACUAUUCAUUCCAAGUACUUUCUUUUUUUUUUGUUUGUUUGUUUGUUUUUUUAAUUUUAAGCUCUUAACUCCCAUUGUUAUGCUUAAGAUGAUAAACAUAUAUCCUCUUUUUAUUGCUUUGUCUAUGUUUCAGAUGAAACAUUUCAGAGAUUAUUUUGAUAAGUGUUGCUGGACUCUGCAGCACGGAUGUUUUUAUUGCAUUCUGUAGUGCCAUUUGCACUCCAGUUUUACAUUAAUUCGCAGUUGCUUCUGUAUUGUUCUGUUGGGUUGGGUUUGGCUUCUUUCUCACGAUGCGGGAGUCUCAUUUCUUAGAGUUGGAUGGCAGGUAGAGCUAACCAGUCUGUGACUGUUACAGCGAAUGAAGUUAAAAAUACCUUCCUGAUGCUAUGUUGUCCUCAUCUUCAUUCUUGCAUUUUUUUUGUUGUUUAUUUUCAUGUUUUAAAAAAAUGGAAAAAGAAAAGAAAAAAAAGAGAAGAUCGAGAGAAAGAAAAUCAGGACUAAGUCCUCUGCUUUGGUUUUCACUGUUAAAGGACCCUGUUUUAAUCUCACCUGUCUGUGGGGUAGCUCAAAUGUUCACAAGAACUGAAAUAAAGAGGAGGAAUGAGGAGCUUUGACAUUCAAACGACUUGAUAUAAUUUAUCUUGCUUACGAUUGUGGUGGCUGCAUCUCAGAAUAUAGAGGGCUAUCUGAGAGGAGUCAAAGAUCUAAAAAGGAGAUUUCCCAAACAACAAUAUUUAACUUCCUUAAUAACAUGAACAUUAAAGUGCACUGUACUGAUCCUCAAGGCUCAUUAUAUGUGGACUGCCCAAUUCAACAACAUACCAGAAAUUUGGUCAACUUGGGCAAUCUUGCACAUUACAUCUUUGGUAUCCUUAUACAAUUUCUUCAGUGUGUUAGACACGAGUAGAUUUUUCCUUGUUGGCAUGUAUGCCUUUUGUUUUUUCAUUCCAUUAUUUUCUUUUUUUUUUUCUCAGUCAGACAUAGUAGCAAUGAUUAGCAUUGGAAAAUACAUAUCACUGUUCUUGGAAUAUUUAUGGUCAGUCUACUUUCAGUAGAUUAUCUUUUGGAUAGCAUUGGCAUGUUAGAUCUUAUUCCGUAUUCCUUUAUUAUUAAUUACUUUUAUUUUCAUGUUUGUUUAUGUUAUGCGUAUUUUGGUUGAGAAAAGUUGGGCCUUAAAAAAUGAUGGACAUUUAUAAUAACACUAAAACACUCAUUUUUUGAUGACCUAAAGUUUUGAUUCCAUGUUUCAAACUGUAUUUAAAAAUGAGUUAUAUUUUUAAAGGCAUUUGAAGACUUUCGUCUUAAAUUGUGAAGGAUUUUCAGUGAGUUGUUUAGGUACUUAACCUUUUUCGAAGGAUUUUUAAGAUGAAUUUGAAACUUUUCUCUCUUGGAAAAGUCUUCUGGAUAUACCAUCUAAAGUACUGUGUGCCAUUUCAACCCUUCCAUUCUCCUCAAGCUAUUUUUCAGUUCUCUACUGAGCUUUGACUUCAACUGGGCCAGAACCAGCUCAUGCACACUCUUCCUUUUCUUACUUCUCUCUCACCUUCACUCACCCCAUGAAAGGACGGUUGUUUGGGAUAUAAACCAUAAGGAGCCAGCCCACCUCAGAAAAUUGUGGACUGAGAGACACUACAUGACUCUAAGAACAAGAGAACAGGUUGGAGCUCACAAAGUUAAUACGUUCUCUCUGUUGUUCAAACGACAAAGAGUUGCCCAGUUCUCUCUACAUAACAUAUUGAGAUGUUUUGUGUGUUUCGUUUUGUUUUGUUUUGUUCAAUCCACUUUUAAGAUAGUGACGUUCUGUCCUAAACUAUUCUCUUUUAGUAAAGGUAGAGUGUAGGAAGCAAGCACGGGGAUUCUUUUCUAAGAUAAUAAGGAGAAGAAGAUGGUGAUAAUCUUCAAGAGCUUGUUAUGGAAGCCUGUGGUAGCACACCCUGUUUAUGAUUGCACAUGUGCACAUAAUCUAUUAUGAUCUAAUGCAAAUACAGCUCCCAAAACAUUAAAUGUACAUAUAUAUUUUAAUUGCCUGGGGAAAUUUUUCUUAAUAAAUUGAAGAUGAUCCGUACUGCUAUCAAAAUAAUUAUUACCCUCUUGCCUUGCGGCUGCAAAACAUCACGAAGUGACCGAGCUGUCUUGAGACCCUUGGGCUGUCUGCCUACCUAGUUAACGAACAUUAACAUCACUUUAGAAGUGGGGAUGUCUGCCAUCGGGAGGUGGAGUUGUGGAGUGACUACGCUGGUAGUCUGGUGGUCAUGCUGCCUCUAGGCCACAGUCCAGCCUCUUGCCCACGGUUGAGAUGACUUACACUCUGUCUUUGGUUUGAGGGUCGCACCAAAAAAAUACCUUGUGGCAUCUUUGGUUAGCUGGUAGGUGAAGGCUUUCUGACUUUGCUAGAGAAGGAGGGCUGAGGAACUGUACACCUUGAAUAUGAAACUAAAUGUACUAACCAAAGAAAGGUACUGUCAAGUGUACCAGGCUACUGAGUAUUAACUAACAGGGGUUAGAAAUAGACCCAUGGAAAGCCGCAUUCUCAUAGAUUUGGCCAAUCACGGGAGAGUAGCUUCUUUGUAGGGUGCUUACUUGUUGUUGCUGGUUCAGAGUGUUCUUAUGCGUUUCUAAUCACAGUGCAGCAGUUCCUUGAGCGAUUCCACUUAUUCAGAGGCAUCGGACCCUCUGGAGGAGGCUAGGACAAAAAUGUGCCAAGGCAGAGAUGAAGAAGAGGUAAAAAUCAACAAUAAUCCAUAUAGGGAAAUGGAUAAAGUAUGCUCACAUAUUUCUUGAAAGAAAUCUUACUGUGUUGAGCUUAUGCUGUCCUGCACCAGAGACAAGAAUAAUUACCAUAAAAAGAAUGCUUAACCUUUCUCAGACCCACAAGUCCCAAAACUGGAUCCCGGUUUGACCCCAUCAUUUCUUCAAUACAAUGACUGCAAAAUAGAACUCUUUCUGUGCCUCAGGUUCCUCAGCUGUAAAAUGGAAAAGUAUAUUAAUAAUAAUAAUAAUAAUAUUAAAAUAAUAAUGGUAAUGUAGUACUUGUUUGUAAAGCACUUUGAGAUCCUUGGUUGGAGGGCACCAUAGGAGUGUCAAGUAUUAUUAUGUGGCCAAGGGGGUUAUUUAAAACUCUGGUUCCCACAGGCCAAGAAAGUUUGGCAUCAUUUUUAUUAAAGAUGAGCUGUAAAUAUCUUUACUAAACAGCCUAUAGUGUUGGCUAUGAAGAGACAAGACUAUCACAAGGCUGAUAAGACCAUAGUUUUUUAAUGGCUACCAAAAAGGCACGGGUCACAAUAACAAAUGCUGAAUUCUUUAGGGUGUAAUAUUUGACAACAUGAUUGAUCUGGUGGGGAGGGGUGAAAAACAUCUCAAAAUGCCAAUGUAAAACUAACAGCAAUAUUCACCAGCAGAAAAUGUCUUUCAUAUGGAAUGAUUUCAUGUUGAUAAGAAAAAGCAUUCAAUUUGUAGUCCUGAUUUGAACACCAGACUGUGGGGUAUAAUAGUUCUGUUCUUACAACACAUGGAAUUUUUUUUUUCAUUUUAUUUUAUUUUGUUUUCAUAGUGCAUGUUCAUUUCUACUCACAACAUGUUCUUGGUGUAUUUCUUAUGCAAACAAUCUUCAGGCAGCAAAGAUGUCUGUUACAUCUAAACUUGAAUAAUAAAGUUUUACCACCAGUUAUCCAUGACGGCUUUGGUAUGGUUUAUAUGGAUUUAUUUUCAUCCAGGAAGCAAUAGAAGCUACAGAUCCUUGUAACAUAUCAAUGAGCUCUGAACUUAAAUAAUGAAACUGAAACCAGGUCGCCUAUUAAAAAAAAAUAUCACUACGAUGUAUUAAGCUGGACUCUUUCAACAUGUUUUUUCUUUAACCAAUCUGUUACAGAUAGAUUUUCUGCUAAAAAAUUAUACUAUAUUUUUAGAAAGAUUGAUGAUACUCUUGUUUAUUUCAAAAGCAUAUUAAGCAUCAGACAUUGAGUGUUGCAUAUUGACCUGCUAAUAAUUACCUUCCAGUAUGUAAAUACUUCCUUUUAAGAAAUAUAACUUUGAUUCUAUUCAGUAUACCCAUAUGCAUGUGAUAUGAAGAUCUUGAUAAAUAUCUCAAAAUUAAAUUCAUAUUUUAAAACCA